CAAUCCAAACCAAUUAGGAUUUAGAAAUCGUCUGAUGGUCACAGAGGACCUAGCAAUAGGGCAUAAGAACAAAACUUGGAUCAAAAUGUAAACCAAACGGAAAAUAUGCCCUCGACUAGCCAAAUAAUAUGAAGAGUUAUUACUGUCUCUAUAAACUUGCUCAAUAGUCACAUCCCAAGGAUAGGAGAGCACCUUGCAAAAACGAGAAAGGAUUGCUGCACAAUGAUGGUCUGUUAGUGUUAGAAACCGACGGGUUGGGUAGGCGACUCCGAUCGGGGUGAGUGGGAGUGGCAGUUUGGUUAUUUUUUAUUAUUUGAUUAUAGUAUUUAAGAAUUGAGAACAGUAUUUUUCAGAUUAGUCAAUAAUUAAUUAUUCAAUCCAAAUCCCUAAAUUCUCAAUCCUCUCUCUCUCUUGUUCUUCUCCAAUCUCUCCCAAAUCCCUAAUUUCUUCUCUUCCCAAUCCCUAAUUCCCUUUGUAACUUCUUUGUUUCUAACAUUUGGUAUCAGAGCCUAGUUCCGAAAGGCGAGUUCGUCACAACUCUCUCAGGGACAACUUCCUACCAGAUCGUUAUCGAUGAGUUCAAUCAAGAUAUCGGAGCUGACGGGGGCUUGCAAGCAGGAAAAAACUAUGGGAGAUCGUGGAGUAUUGGAGGGAGCACGUGAUGCGUCGCAAGAAGGUAGAUGCGAAGGUUGGUGGUGUCGACGCGACGGGUGGGCAGCCUCUGACCACUGUGACUGGCGGAGACAAGGAGAACGCAGGGCAGCUGACUACAGUGUGCGCAAUGACGGACGACGAAGACGGGGAAGCCCUGGAAACUCGCGCGGAGGGGGAGCAGGAGCAGGUGGUCUCCCUGCACUCCGUGGCAGGCCAGCAAGCUAUCACCCUGGCCGACAGUGGGACAUCGUUGAAUUUCGUGGGCGAAGACUUUGCUAGGACACUACAGAGGGAGGCGAGUCCGACAACCCCGAUCGUGGUCAGAGUGGCCAAUGGUGCGCCAAUGCGGUGCACAUGGAUGUACCGAGACCUUUCGGGGAUUCGGUAUCAUCCUAGGGAUUUUGUGGCUGCAGAGUUUGGAUCCAAUCACCAGUGAUUGGAGGCGCCUGACGAUGUGCUUCAAGUGGAGUGUCAAUGAGUGGACGCUGCAAGGCCUGACCAUGGCAGUGGGGCCUAUCGAGCUCAAGGGAUGUCAAUCCAACCCGUAACCAUGGGUACCCUACCUGACCGUAACUGGUCAAUGAGGGUAAUUACCCGCUUUGACAGGUUAAGGGGCGGGUACGGGUAAUACCCGGUUUCAAAAUAAAUGGUAGGGUACGGGUAUGGUAAUCGAUAAUACCCGCCCUGUUAUACCCACCCCGCUAACCAAAGGGUCAAUUUUCCUAGCCCUAACCCUACCCAGCAGUCGAUUUUCCUUGCCCACACACAAGUGAGGUGCUUGCUCAGGCUCUUCUUGAAACUUUACUUGCUUGGGAUAUUGACACAAAGGUAUCUACGAUUACCUUGGAUAAUUGUUCUACUAAUGAUGCGUUGAUGGAUGUCAUGAAGCAUAAGUUAAGCAGUGAGCAUUUGAUGUGGUCUGGUUCUAAUAUUGUCUUUGCUGUUUUUGUUUAUGUGUGAAUUGUUGAAGCUAGAACAAAUAUGAUGUAAUGUGUUUUUGUUUGUGUGGAUUGUAAAAGCAAGAACAAUUAUUAUGUGUUCGCUGUUUUUAUUUGUGUGGAUUGUUGAAGUUAGAACAAUUACAAGUAUUGAGAAUUUUUAAUGGACAACAGUAUGUAUGUGCAUAUAUGUGUAUAAGUUCAUAUUUUAGAAUUUGUUCCCUUGGUUACCCGAAAACCCGUAGUUACCCAGUGGGUAGGGUAUGGUUAUAUCAUUUUCAUACCCGGUGGUUAUUUGGUCGGGUAUUUUAGGAGGCUCUACCGGACUUGUUAGGAGUUGGUAUAGGGUAAACCCACACCCGACCCUACCCAUUGCCAUCCCUAGUGGGGACCGCAGUCCUGCGUCGGCCAUUAGCCGCAGUGGGGGAGCAGAGCAUCGACCGGGAGCUGCAGGAGCUGCUUGAUCGGUACCAGGAGUUGUUCCAGGCGCCCACGACGCUGUGCCAUAGAUUAGUCCCUAACUUUCGAUCGUCAAUGAUACCAUAUAAAUACAAUGUUGUUUAUUUCCGUUCGAUCUCGUAACGUUUCCACCCAAAAAUUUCUCCUCCCUAUCCUUUCUCUUAUUGGAGGAGUAAGUAAAAAGGGAAAGAACCAAGUUGAAUAGAUUAGGAACCUACGUUCGUCAUCAUGUUAGAAAAAUUGAGGAACUUAAACCUUAGACCUAGAAAUCACAGUGGAGAUUCCUCAAAAUGAAUUUUACAGCGGAGAGAGUAUAUUGAUAUAAUUAGCUGGCGGCAGGAUCCGCUUGAAACCAAAAACAUAUCUAUCUCAUCAAUUAGUUGUUACCCUGAUUAUUAACAACAAAGAAAUCAUGCUACGUGGUGCAGAAAAAGACAAGGGCUGAGUCCACGUCAUCGACCCGACACGUCAUCCGAAUCCCCGCCAAAAAUAGGGAGAUGUUGCGGGCGGAGAAACCUUUGAAUCCCCCCCAACGCCAACAGUGGCAAAAUUACAAAAAGAGUUUUAUCCCCUUCCCUUCCCUUCUUCGGAGACGGACGAAUCGGAUGGCCCAUUUCUUAUUCGCGUCGUCGGAUCAAUUAUAAAACGAGUCAAUUCAAAUUGUCUGUUUUCAUUCCAGUCAACUAUAAUUACCACAAAAUGAGUCAAUUUCAAAUUCGUCAAGCAAAAUUACUUUACCUAAAUUUUGUGCUGUCAAAAAAAUCAAUUUAACAAGAUUGA